GUAAUAUUCAAUUGUGAUUUUAAAUUCUCACCGAAAUUUUUAAUUUAUUCUUUUAACGUAAGAGGCACAGUUUAGUGUAUUAUCAAGAGAAUAUAGUUUCGGUUUUUAAGAAUAUAGUUUAAUCCUUACUUUUAUAUGUUUGAUAGACAUUCUUUAUAAUUUCUGUAGUAGUGAAGUGUUUUCAGAAUGAUUAUCUUAUCUUGUGGUACGUAACAAAGUGAUUCUUACACCAACUGUGACGUUUACCGUCAUUUUGUGGCAAAAUGGUAUUUUGUUUUUGUAUGCGGCGUGGCUGCUUCAGCAAAACAUUAGUGAUAAAUUCUAAUACCAAAGAGUUUAAUACAAACAUCGAUAAAACAAGAGACAGAAUAGUUACUCUUCCGGAAAUUAAACUGAGAAAAAAUGAUGAAGAAAAUGGUUCUGCUAGAGCUGUACCUCGACAACGCUCUGGAUCUAAUGAUAAUGAAAUAUCUUCUACCGCAGGAGUUCAGGGUACCAAUCAACAAACAGCUGCUACAAGGAGACACAGUUUAACACAAAAUGACACAAAUAAUAUAAAUAGUUCGCAAAAGAAUGAAACUGCACACUCAGUUAUUUCAACGACAACACAGCACCACGAGGAGCAAAUAUCUCCAUCAAAAACUCAACACGUAGAAAUUUUGACCAAGACUAAAGAAUAUGCGAAUGAAAAAUCUGCACACUCAGUUAUUUCAACAACAACACAGCACCAGGAAGACCAAAUACACCCAUCAAAAGCUCAAACUUUAACCAAGACUAAAUCCGAGGAGGAUAUAUAUGCAUCAAGGCUCCAACACGCAGAAAUCGUAACAAUAACUCAGCCUCAGGAAGAGAUCUACUCGUCAGGAGAUCAAAACUUUAAUACAGAAAAAGCAAGAAUUAUUGAAAAAGGAAAAACUAGUGAGCAUAGUUCCGGUAAUGCAGCUGUAGUGAUUAAUCAAGAAAAACCCAAAACCAAGUCAGCUUUAAAGAAAGAUAAAGCACCCCCUGUACCUGUUUCUAAUAGGCCUGUGAGCCCUAGUCCUGCAACUAGUACCGCAACUAGUACAGAUCAAAAUGAGGAACAAGAUGAUGAUGGUAAAAUUUAUUUAACUUAUGACGAAACUCUUUCUGUUUCUUCAAGUCUUGACUUAGAUACUCCAAAACCAAGUAUCGGCAGUAUAAUUGAAUCACAAGAAAGAAGAGAAGGUGUAGCUCCCAUUCCAGUACGUAUAGAUCAAAAUCUGCAAGAUAAACUCCCAGUUUAUAAUAAACUUCAAAGUGAUGAAGAGCUCAUACGCAAUGCCAUUAAGAGUAACGAUUUCCUCCAUAAAAUAAUAUCAGGAGAGCAGCUAAACGACGUAAUAGCAGCGAUGUACAACAAAGAAAUUUCAGCAAAAGAAGUGAUCAUCAAACAAGGAGAUAAAGGACAGCAUAUGUACGUUUCUGCCAAAGGAAAUUACAAAGUAGUUGUAAAUGGAAAGACGGUCAGCCAAUUUAGUGAUGUCAGAGUGUUUGGAGAACUAGCUAUUUUGUACAAUGCCAAGAGACUUGCGACGAUUAAAGCUCUCUCUUCUGGAAGGGUGUGGGUUUUAGAUAGUACCGUGUAUCAACAAAUUAUGCUUAGGAGUAACCUGAAAAAGGAAGAAGAAAUCAAUGAAUUUUUGUCAAAUAACGAGAUUUUGAACGUUGUUGGAAGCGAUGCGUUACACAUUGUUUCGACGUUAUUGAAGACUGAAUUCUUUCCUACUGGCAAAGCUAUUGUUAAACAGGGUGAUAGAGGUGACAAAUUUUAUAUUAUUAGAGCUGGAACUGUCACAAUAAGCAAAGAAGGAGAAGGAACCGUUGGAGUAUACAAAAAAGGAGACUGUUUUGGCGAAUUGGCUCUAUUAGAAGAAGAUUGUAGACAAGCAACUGUAACUGCCAAUAGUCCUGGUGUCGAAUGUUUAACGUUGACUAGAAAAGAAUUCGUAGAUCACUUAGGAGACAUCAAAAACUUCAAGUAUAUCAAAGUAAAAGACAAACCCAAGGAUUCCAUACGGUCUGUGCACGGCGAGUAUGACGAUAUUAACUUGUUUGAUUUAAAAAUUAUCAAAACUCUUGGAGUUGGUGGGUUCGGACGAGUGGAGUUGGUACAACACACUAAAAACGAAAAGAUAGUGUUUGCACUUAAGUACCUUAAAAAAAUUGAGAUUGUUGAGCAAAAUCAACAAGAACAUGUUUUUAACGAAAAAAGGAUUCAGAUGAGUUCAAAGUCGCCGUUUAUUGUGAGAUUGUACAGGACUUACAGAGAUAGCAAGUAUAUUUAUUUCUUGAUGGAAUCUUGUUUGGGUGGUGAUUUAUGGAGUUUGCUUCAAAGACAGAAAAAUAAAAGAUUUGAAGAAAAGGAAGCACGAUUUAUAUGUUCAUGUGUGCUAUUGGCAUUCGAAUAUCUUCAUUCUAGAGGAAUCAUUUAUCGUGAUCUUAAGCCAGAAAACUUACUGUUAGCUGUGAAUGGCUACAUCAAAUUAACCGACUUUGGAUUUGCCAAGAAAGUACCAGAUCGAGGAAAAACUUACACAUUUGCAGGUACUCCUGAAUACGUAGCUCCUGAAAUAGUGUUAAACAGGGGCCAUGACAGAGCAGUGGAUUAUUGGGCUUUCGGAGCUUUUGUGUUUGAAAUGCUGUCAGGCAAAACCCCUUUUAGAACAGACGAUGUUAGCCAUAUGAAAACGUACAACAAAAUUCUAGGCGGAAUAGACAAUAUUCCAUUUCCGACUUAUAUAAAUUUGAAGGCUAGACAUCUUGUUGAGAAGUUGUGUAGACCAGUAGCUUCCGAACGUUUAGGAAUGCAGAAAAAUGGAAUUCAAGAUAUCAAAAACCACAAAUGGUUUCUCGGCGUUGAUUGGCAAAAGAUGCAAAAGAUGGAGAUUCCAUCACCAUUCAAGCCAAAAUUGGAAGGACCUACAGAUACUAAAUAUUUUGAUAACUUUAAAAAAGAUACUGACAAGACUCCUGAAGAGCUAUCUGGUUGGGAUGAGGGAUUUUAGAAGAACUAAUCAAUUAAUUAACUACCUAAUUAUUGUGAUGUUAUCAUAUAAAAUUGUUAUUAUUGGAUAUAUAACCAAGUGUUUAUACUAUCAGUUUUUUAUUUUUUAAUUUUUUUUUUGUUAUUAAUAAAAUAAAAUUGUUAUUCAUCAAUCACAAAUUCACAAAUCAUUGUUAAAAUAUUAAUAAAAUAUAAAUUCUUC